AUGAGUCGCCCCGGGGACUAUGAGGCUGUCCGCAAGGACAUUGCUGCUCAACUCCAAAAGCCUGGCUACGACGAUGGUAGCGCAGGGCCAGUCUUUGUGCGAUUGGCAUGGCACUCGUCCGGCACGUAUGAUGCUGAAUCCGAUACUGGCGGCUCGAACGGAGCUGGUAUGAGAUACGAGGCGGAGGGCGGCGACCCAGCCAACGCGGGUCUGCAGCAUGGGCGGGCGUUCCUGGAGCCAGUGAAAGAGAAGCAUCCAUGGAUCACGUACUCGGAUCUAUGGACUCUGGCGGGCGUAGUGGCGAUCAAGGAGAUGGGCGGACCAGAGAUCGCAUGGCAGGGCGGGCGGACAGACCUGGUGGACGACUCCAAGGUUCCUCCGCGCGGACGGCUUCCGGAUGGUGCCCAGGGUGCGGAACACUUGCGGUUCAUCUUCCACCGCAUGGGGUUUAAUGACCAGGAGAUUGUAGCGUUGACCGGCGGGCACAACCUAGGCCGGUGCCACGGCGACCGCAGCGGAUUCGAGGGGCCCUGGGUGACGAACCCGACGCGCUUCUCUAACUCGUUUUUCAAGUUGUUGCUGAAACUCGACUGGAAGCCGCGCAAAAUGGCGACAGGUAUGACACAGUUUGUGUACGAGGACCCGGACGCGGAGGAGGACGAGGAGCCGUUGAUGAUGCUGCCCACCGACAUGGCGCUGUCGACCGAUCCGUCUUUCGCGCCGUGGGUGAAGAAGUACGCCGAAGACAAGGACCUGUUCUUCGACCACUUCGCCAAGGUGUUUGCGAAGCUGGUUGAGCUCGGCAUCAAGCGUGAUGCCCAGGGUAGCGUUACCAACACCGACAACCGCCUCGGUGGCUAUGUCUCUGCUCCCAAGAAGAGCAACAUCGCCACGGGCCCUGCUAGGGCACGGCUCUAG